AAGCGUUGACUCUUCAAGCUGCAGACAGGAGGAUGUGAAUUAUCCACAUUUUGUCACUGAAAAUAACGGUGUAUGGUGUACGUAACGACUGGAAACGAACACAGUUGAAUUUUAAUGAAUUUAUCUUGAUAUUUGCUAACAGCUGGCUACUGAGCUGCAGACAGAAGUCAUGAUGGAGUCUAUCUUAGACAGUUUGACCGCAGAGAAACUCUAUCCGUCCGGAGGGAGCAACCUGUUGGACCUGGAGGAGCUCAGCGACGGAGACUUCCUCACUAAUGUGCCGUUCUCCGGGGACCAGAUGGACGACUUCAGCAGUGAAUUAUUCAGCAGUUUCUUUGACGACCAUCUAUUAGAGCGGCCCAUCGUGUCGGACAGACCUUCACCUAUACACAUGGAUAUGGACGACAGCAGUCCAGAUAUUCAAGCGGAGCACAGCUACUCUUUAAGUGAAGACUCCGCCCCCCAGAGCCCAGCCCUGUCAAUCAAAAUGGACCACGAGUCUGAAUUUGAAUGGAGCUUCAGUCAGGACCUCUCUGCCAUCCUGGUGAAACAGGAGGAGCCGGAUGUGGGUCAAAGGUUAGAUCCUCAGCCUCACGAAGGCCCGCCCCUCAUAUUAAGCCCCGCCCCACCACACCGAGGGUCUCCAUGGAAACACACGGAGCCGAGUCCAGACAGUGUGAAGCCCGUCGCCAUAAAAGAUGAACCCAAAGAGAUUGGACAGUACCUAAGCCUGCCCAGCGAUGACGCUCUGCAGCUCCCGCCCACCCCUCCCAGCAGUAACCACGGCGACAGUGACGGCUCCCUGCCUCCCUCCUCCCCCCACCUCGCCCUGCCGCCGUCCUCCCCUCAACCGCAGCAGAGGCCAGGAGGUCGCGCCUCUUCAUCAUCCUCUUCUUCAUCCUCCUCUUCCUCCACGGCCAUCUCCUCCUCACCUCUGCUGACUGCACCUCAUAAGCUGCAGGGCUCAGGACCGCUCCUGCUGACAGAGGAAGAGAAGAGGACCCUGGUUGCCGAGGGUUACCCAGUACCCAACAAACUCCCUCUCACUAAGAGUGAAGAGAAGGCACUGAAGAGGGUCCGACGGAAGAUCAAAAACAAGAUCUCAGCUCAGGAGAGUCGGAGGAAGAAGAAAGAAUAUGUGGAAUGCCUGGAGAAAAAGGUGGACAGCUACACGUCAGAAAACAGCGACCUGUGGAGGAAAGUAGAAAACUUGGAGACUGCAAACAGGUCUCUCCUACAGCAGCUCCAGAAGCUCCAGUCUCUGGUGACAGGGAAAGUCGUCCCUCGCUCUUGUAAAAUCGCCACUACUCAAACAGGGACAUGCCUCAUGAUGGUGGCCGUGUGUUUUGUCCUGGUGUUGGGCUCCUUCUCCCCCUGCGUCUCUCCCCUCUCCUUCCUCACUCACACCUCCUCUUCUUUGUCCUCAUCCUCCUCUUCCUCUCAUCCCUCCUCCUCCCCUCCUCUCCCGUCAGCGGACCUCUACACCACCAGUCAGGUCCGCUCCCGCAGCCUGCUCUUCUACGACGAAGGGUCUCCACUGGAGGAGAGUUUAGCUCCAUCAGAAGCAGAGAGGCCACAGUCAGAGAGCAUCACCCAGACCAGCAGAUACACAGCGGAGGCUAACCAGACCACCGGGCCCGAAAUAGACAGCAGAGAAACAAAACCAGAGUUUAUCUGACCCCUCCUCCCACGACUUCUAACCUCCGACCCCUAAAAAGCCUCCUGAAACUUCUGGACUCAGCGGGCUUCACAACAACAUCCAACCAGAAUCAGUCAGACUUCCUCCCGUCCUCCACAGCCGACUCACUGCCAGCCUCCCGAGGUGCUUCACUUCUCAAACAGACUCUGCUACACCUGAAUAUACUUGAUUUUAAAGGGAUUGGAAUUUCUAUUUUUGUGCAUUCAAAUAUCAUCCAACUAAUCUUUUCAUAUUUAGUUUGAACAACAACCAGGGGCUUACUCAUCAAACCUAAAUACAAUCAUUUACAGAUACAACGUGUAGCAUUUGAAUAAAACAAUGUAAAGCUGUGAUCCAAUGACAGAGUAUUUCACUUCCUCGUAAAAACCAAAGUAGUGUAGCGUUGCCAGCAUCCUUUAGGUGUGAAAAGCAAACAGCUUUAUGGGAAAUGUAGUCUUAAAAUUAGGAGAAACUUAGAUUUUUGCACCUUGCAUAUGGAUACUUGACAGACCUGCAAUUUGGGAGUGUAUAUUUUACUUUUCCAAGGCACUAAAUCAGGUCAGUGCUUUAAUUUUACACCAAUCAUGUACGUUGCUAAAGGGCUGCAGCUAACACUUGUGAUAAAUCCUCAUAUUAGAGAAAAACUGAUCAUCAAAACUAAUUACAUUUCUGUUUCAGCUCUAUGUUAAUAACAGUAUACUCAUAAACUAAAACUAUAUAAUACACUUUUUAAAAGGAAGCUGUGCCAUUUUAAAAGUGCCUUCCACUUACUUUAGUCUAAUAUGACGAACUUGGCCUUAAAGCACGCAGCUAUUAAACCUGUAAACACAACAAAUACUGUUUAUUUUGACCUUAAACUGGAUCAAUGUUCCAGAUUUAUCUUAGAGAAGCCUUUUAUUUCAAAAGCCAGCCUUAUGUGUUCAAGAGUUAAAGCAAAAGAUAUAUUUAGUUUUAUUUUUCCACUUUUUAAAUCCAUCUCUGAGGUUAAAGUCCACAUUCUGCAUAUUUUUUUGUAUUUUAAUAUCAAGGGACUUUUAAAGAGGGUCCUACGAGAGGUUGGGGAAAAAUUACAUAAAGGUAUUUUUAUGGAAUUAUAAAUUGUAUAUGUAAUAUAUUUGCAGCAUCAAAAAAAAUGCAUAUUUAAUUUAUGCAGCAAAAAAAAACAAAGCGUUUUUAAGUUUGUUAUUCUAUUGUUUUUUCUAGAAAAUGUUUACAAAAAACACUAAAAUACAAGUUAUAAUAUAUUCCGAGCAUCAAAAAAGAGCAUAUUUAUUUUAUGCAAGAAAAAAAAGGGAAUUUUAUGUUGUGUUUUUGCAUUUAGGAUGAUGAAGUUUACCAUGAUGGUGUUUCGUGGAAACUUUGACAUGAUCUGCUUUUGUCUUUCAACUGUAAUACAGUGUUUAUGAUUCGCUGCUGUCGCAUGAAACCCCACAAAGGUCUAUUUGGUUCCCUUGUGAUAGAGAAAUGCCCCUAGCUUGUAAAACAAACUUUUAAAUCUGUUAUUUUUUACCAUGUGACGUUUCUUGACCUGAAAGAUAAAGAAACUCUUCCCAACUCAACAGCACGAUCUUAGAUAUUAGAACAUGGGCUAGAUGCUAAAUGUGCUCAUGCGACAGCAGUGUGUGUUGUAUUUAUUCCUGUUUGUAGAAAGUGUGUAUAUAUUGAUGAAGCCAAUCAGGGGACUAAUACAUU